CCUCUCAUUGCAGGGGCUGUUUGCGGGGUGGGGUGGGGGGUUCGCUAUGUCGGAUGACGAUUCGAGGGCCAGCACCAGCUCCUCCUCAUCUUCGUCCUCCAACCAGCAAACCGAGAAAGAAACAAACACCCCCAAGAAGAAGGAGAGUAAAGUCAGCAUGAGCAAAAACUCCAAACUCCUCUCCACCAGCGCCAAGAGGAUUCAGAAGGAACUGGCAGACAUCACUUUAGAUCCUCCGCCUAACUGCAGUGCUGGUCCCAAAGGUGAUAACAUCUAUGAAUGGAGAUCAACCAUUCUAGGGCCUCCAGGAUCCGUAUAUGAGGGUGGUGUGUUCUUCCUUGAUAUCACUUUUACACCAGAAUAUCCCUUCAAACCUCCAAAGGUUACAUUUCGCACAAGAAUCUACCACUGUAAUAUUAACAGUCAAGGAGUUAUCUGUUUGGACAUAUUGAAAGACAACUGGAGUCCAGCACUAACCAUUUCUAAAGUCCUCCUUUCUAUCUGCUCACUUCUUACAGACUGCAAUCCUGCCGAUCCCUUGGUGGGAAGUAUUGCCACUCAGUAUAUGACCAACAGAGCAGAACAUGACAGAAUGGCCAGACAGUGGACCAAGAGAUAUGCUACAUAAGUUGGGUUUUCACAAUUCUUACAUUGUCUGUCACAGAGAGAGCUGCUUAUGAUUUUGAAGGGGUGGGGGAGGGUGGGAGUUGGUAAAGAGUAGGGUAUUUCUAUAACAGAUAUUAUUCAGUCUUAUUUCUUAAGAUUUUGUUUUAACUUAAGGUAUCUUGCUACAGUAGACAGAAUUGGUAAUAGCAACCUUAAAAACUGUCAUUAGUUCUGCAAUAUUAGCUGAAAUGUACAGAGAAAAAACAUUUGGGUUCAGUUGCUUGUAAAAAUUUAAUUCUAUACAGGUUAUACACUUUGGCCGUUUAUUUGGCCCUCUACAGAGUACACUAUUCAAAAAUUGGAAAUCUUUUUCCUUCUUAGAAGGGAACAUUAAGUUUUUAAGAGACUGUUAUCUCAUAUAUAAAAUGGACUCAUACCUAUCAGACACCAUAUAGGAAUUGAGUAGUUGUGAAUUUUAUUUUAUAUGCCAAUUUCUUUGUGGAAAGAUUAUUAUAGAAGUCUGAAUCAGGACUUGUGGAAACCUGUAGUAAAAUACCUUAAGCUGUUAACUGUAAGGUGUGGAAUAGGAGUUAUUCAGUGGGUUGGUUUUAUGUUGUGGGCUGCUUAAGUCUGCAUUUGUUACUGUGCUAAUAAACAAUAUUAAAACAACCACCCAA